CCGCUGCCUCUGCCGCUGCCGCGACGCGCUAUCGAUUCCGGCUCGCGUAGCGCGCGUGUAGUGGCGAGGGCGCAGGGUCUGCCAGUCUGCUCUCAGCUGCUCGCUUCGCGGGCCGACCAGCGUAGAAGGCGUACCUGCGGUUUGCGAUGGCCAGCCGGCGCGUGUCUCUAGCCGUCGCUCUCCGAGGACUGUAAUCGCUGUGUCUUUAGUCCCUGAACAUACUGGUGAUGACUUUGACGCUGAGGAAAUGGCUACAUCUGCAGAUAAGCACGAAAUCGAGGCAGCGGCAGCGGCGAGGGUGCUGCCGGAGACGGAGCGGCCGGCGCUGCCCGGGCUGUCCGUGAGGGCCGCCACCUUGCCCGCGCUCGUCAGGAUCUUCGUCGACGCUUUCGAGACAGAUGGCUCAUUGCGGCAGGAGGGCGAGACAGUGGCGAAGGUGCUGCUGCUGAUGCACCGCUGGUUCACGACCUCAGUGUCUCUGGCAGGCGAGCUGACGCGGCUGCACGCCAGCGCCGCCCAGGAGGCGCCCUGUCGCCGCGCAGGCUGCACGCAUGCGCACACACGCAGCCUCGACUCUCCCAGCGCUGCCAACUGCUCGCAGCUGCGACUGCAGCUGCGAGUCUGCCAUGCCAUCAGGUACUGGAUUCUAUCAUUUCCCAUGCAUUUUGAUCUGGAAUAUGAACUGGCAGACACAUUAAAAGAAUUCCAAGCAGUUCUCACUCCAACUUCAGCUGAACUUAUAGACCUGUCCCAAGUACAAACAUAUGACUGGAUGCGUCAUAUGUCAAUAAGAGACAGUCAUACAGCACAUCUGCAUCAACAUGGCAAUAAAGAGCACAACAGAAAAGUGUCUUUAGUGUUCAGCCAUUUGGAACCAUUACAGAUAGCUGAGCACAUUACAUACCUGGAGCACAAGGUCAUAAGAAGGAUAACUUUCACGGAUUUCAAAAAAUAUGCUGAAACUGGAUCUCUUCGGGAGACCCCAAAACUGGAACGCUCUGUAGCUUUGUUUAAUGGACUUACUCAAUGGAUACAGUGCAUGGUCCUCAGCAGAACAACACCUCUACAAAGAGCUGAAGUCAUGGUGAAGUUCAUUGAGGUUGCAAAGAAACUAUUAGAACUGCAAAAUUUUAAUUCAUUGAUGGCUGUUGUUGGAAGUGUCAGUCACAGUGUAUUGGCUCGUUUAUCAAAGACAAUGGCCUGCAUACCCACCGAAAGUAAAAAGUCGCUGACUGAAAUGACAGAUCUGUUGUCUUCCACAAACAAUUUUAGCAAUUAUAGAAAGUUGCUGCAUGAAUGUUGUGGUUUCAGGAUACCAAUCCUAGGAAUACAUCUCAAAGACAUGAUCGCCUUACAUGUGGCACUGCCAGAUACUUUGGAUGGAGAAAUGAUAAAUUUUCGUAAAAUGGCACAGCUGUACUUGAUAUUUAAGGAUUUAGAAGAGGUUCAGCUGAGCACAGCACCUAUCAAUGUUAACAUGGACCUUGUCAACACUUUGAGAUUGUCACUUGACUUGGCCUACACUGAAGAUGAAAUAUACGAGUUAUCACUUGCACGAGAACCCAGAAAUUCUUCUUCGCCCCAGUGUUCACCUACUCAGUCUGUGCUCUUUGCUGAAUGGGCAUCUAAUCCAUGCCCUCCUCCAGAUGCACAGACAAUUGAGAAACAUGUCAAUGCAAUGGUUGAAGCUGUUUUCAAGAACUAUGAUAAUGACCAUGAUGGAUACAUUUCUCAUGAAGAAUUUGAAGCUGUUGCAGAGAACUUUCCUUUCAUUGCAUCUUUUUGUGUAUUAGAUGCUGACCAUGAUGGUAUGAUUAGCAAAGAUGAAAUGAAAACAUACUUUAUUCAUGCUAAUUAUCAUGCAUUGAAAAAUGGAUUCAAGCAUGAAUUUCAUGAAACAACUUACUUUAAGCCGACAUUCUGUUCACACUGUGCAGGGCUGCUGUGGGGACUUAUACGACAAGGCUAUAAAUGUCGAGACUGUGGAAUUAAUGCACAUAAGCACUGUAAAGAUCUUGUCGUAAUGGAAUGCCGCAUAAAAUAUCCUUGCUUGCAAGGUGAAGUUAGCUCACAUGCUGCUACUUCGAGGAGAAUAUUUCGGCGCAAGAAAAAGUCUAGUGCUUCAGAAUCUGAGUCAUCUCCUCCAAGUCCUAAAUGUUCAGUGUCAUCUUCCAUGACAGGUGACCAAGAAUCUAGUCAAGACUGUGGGUCAGGAAUGGUAUGCUCAGAGCUUGGAGGGGGUUCUCUUCCACCAAGCCCAAAGCCAGCUGUUAUGUGGACAGGACCACGGCGCAAAAUUAGUGAUUCCCUCUUAGUACCCUCACACAGUCGUAGCAGUGCCAGACUCAGGACUCAAAACAGCUGCCCAGAGAGUAGUUGUGCACAUUGCUACAAACCUCUGGACAGCAUGCCCAACCACUCUUCACAACAUCACUCCAGUACAGGACAUCAUACUUCACCUGUUCACCAAGCUUCAGUAACAAGCCUCAAGAACUGCUGUCAUAGUGAACAGUUAAAUGAGGUCAAUCAAAAACUUGCUGCUGCUGAGGAGGCAAAGCAGCGUCUCAUGAAGGAAAACCAAUUUCUUCUUCAGCAAUUGGAGGCUGCCUACAAAGAGCUCCAUUCCUUGAGGGACCAUGUGGGAGAAGUCCGGCAACAAACUGUUGCUUUCAUCCUCAGUCAGAUGGAAACAUUACAUAUUCAGAAAGACACUCAUUUGUAAUAUGUGACCUUCUGACUUCCUAUUUCAACACAUUAGACUGAUCAAGAAGCUACUACAUAACUAUUUUGUUGUAAAUUUUAAAAGUGUUCAAAGGAAGAAACUCACUAAAUGUAUGAUAAGAAUGAAGUCUGUGGUAAUUUUGUACAAUGUAUAUACAUUUGUAUAUAUAAGAAAAUAAGUAAACAAGUCAUUUCAUUUGUAUAUAUGCAUAAAUGUACUUAUUAACUUCACCAGUGAUGGAAAUAAAUCCCAGUAAUGCUGUA